AUGUCAACUAUACCAACACAUUCUCAAGAUGAAUUUGAUAAAUUCGAUGAAUAUGAACUACCCCUCUUAUAUCAAGAUAAAAUACACCUGGAUGAAUCAUAUCCAUAUGAAUUAAACCCAGACGAAUUAUAUGCAUAUGAAUCAUAUCAAGAUGAAUCAUAUCCAGAUGAUUCAUAUCCAGAUAAUUCAUAUCAAGAUGAAUCAUAUCCAAGUAAGUUAUUUCAAGGAGAAUCUUACCAAGAUGAAUUAUCUCAAGGCAAAUCAUAUCCGAAUAAGUUAUCAUCACAGACAGAACACGUAGAAUGCGAUGAGACUUCUGCAAAAACCAA